AAGUUUGGUGUUCAGCCUACAAAACGAUUUGCCAAGUAAUUGUAGUUUUCAGAUAAACAGUGUGGCAGUCGUUCUUCACCAACAUUUCUGAGGAAGUCGUGAUGGAGAGCUUUCCUUUUCCAGCUAASCACAUCAAGAUUSGUUUUCUAUGUGKUSUCGUUCUGUUUUGCAUUUUCAUCUGUGGAGUUAACUCAAAUUCGACCAGCUUUGUAAAUUUCUUUAAAGAUGAGAGAGAAGGAAACUUGAAUCACUUUUCUAAACGCUUCAUUUUCAAUGAUCAGUUUGAUGAUGAUAAGAUGAAAGUGAAAAAGUAUCUGUCAAGAGAUGUGAUUAAAGAACAAGUGGAUGAUUUGGUCAAGAACUUACAUAAAGAAGGAGUAUUGAAGAUGACCGGUAUUACAAACAAAGAGAUUACAGUUACAUUUAAGAAGACUACUGAACUGACAUUGAAUGUCGUUUUGUAUUUGGUUCAGUUUUUUCCCUUGAUAUACAGAGAUAAGUCUUCUGUUUACUUCAAAAUUCCAAUCGAUGGGAGUUAUAUAUGGCUACGAAUGGUAAGGUGUGAAGACUCUGAAGCUUCUUUUCUCAUAAAAUAUGACAAAGAGGAAGACCUUGCAUCAAUUGAAUCUAUUGCAGAAGAUUUGAAAAACGUUGCAGGCGGGAAUUUGAAUAAUGAUAUAGUAGAACCCGUCAAAAAUGUACUGCAAGAUUUACUUCAUUCAACACUUAAAUCGCGUGGGCAUUUUAAAAGGGCAUUUUCUAAUAUGGCAGCAAAGAUGGGACUUUUUAAAAACUUUAAAAACAAAGAUAUCGUCAUCAAAGCAGGAAUAAAGUUUCUCCUUUCAACCUCACUCCAGCCCAGAAGACCUCCGAUGCUAACAGAUCUUUACCUUAAUUUAAGAGGACAAAGUUGAGAA